AUGCAGCUGGAAACGAGCGCAUUGGAAGCGCAGCAGCAGCAGCAACAGCAGCAGCAGCAGCAGCAGGGGGAGCCUUCCGUUUUGCUGCCGACAGCAGCAAAGCCGGCAGCAGCAGAAUGUUGGGUUGAACCGAAUAUACUGACUCCUGCUGCUGCUGCUGGUGCUGCAGCAACACCAGCAACUGCUGCAGCAGCAGCAGCAUCUGAUACUGCUGCGGCAGGUGCUGCAGCAGCAGCAGCAGCAGCUGCAGCUGCUGCUGCUGCUGCGAAGAAGCCAGAAGAGGCAGACACAGCAGCACAAGGGGGGCAGGGCGGCUGCAGCUCAACAGCAACCACAUCCAGUGCAGCAGACCACACGGAUGACAGCAGAGCGAACGAGUUGCUGCUGCUGAAGCAGCAGCAGCAGCAGCAGCAGCAGCAGCAGCAGCAGCAGCAACCGCAGCGAGAGGAGCAGCAAACUGCUGGCACGCAGGAGACGCAACAGACACCACCCGUUCAGGUGCAGACAGAGCAAGAGCAGCAACAGCCGCAGGAGCAGCAGCAACCCCUGCAGCAGCAGCAGCAGCAGCAGCAGCAGGACGCGGUGGAGCCCCAGCAACAGCAGGAACCUCAGCAGCAGCAGCAGCAGCAGGAGUCUCAGCAGCGGCAGCAGCAAGAUGUGCUGCCAGAGACAACAACGACAGCAGCAGCAGCAGCAGCAGCAGCAGCAGCAGCAGCAGCAGCAAACAGCUGCUACAACGACUGCACGUUGACAGGUUUAGUACAGAGAGAAGAAAACCAGGAAGAAGUGCUGCUGCGGCCUGGGCUUGUCUCUCCUGCUACCACCUCAGCGUGA